GAGAAGACCGACGUGGCAGGUGGGGACGGCGGAAGGAGUCUGGCGCGACGGUCGUGGAGAGCGUGACCUAUGGCAUGAGCUGUAACUUAAACAAACGGAAUAAUAGACGUUUAAAACAAUCGCGUCGCUGUAUUAUUUGGGGUGUUCGCCCUAUAGACCCAUCUAAAGUUUACAUAUAUGAAGAAGGUAACCAGGAUGGCUCAGUAACAGAGAAGUGUAACAUCCACAGUACUACUGAAUAUACUCGCACAAGUCCUAAAAGAAAAACUUCUGUAUUAGGAAAAUGUUUAGUAAAUAUUCAUUCCUCAGAACAUCCAAGACCAGGCUCAUCUAAAGACUUGAAUUCAACUCCCCCAAAACAUUUAAGAUGUGAAAGCUGGGCUGAAAGCUAUAGCCCAAAAGCAGGAUUAUCUGAAGACAUCAAGUUAAAUACGCCUUCUAGAAGUUCAGCAACUGCUAAAGGUACUAACCACGUGCAGAAAACACAGGGACAUUGCAUAUCUCCUGAACUAUGGAUGACCUUAUCUUAUAAAGAGAUAACAAGGCAUUGUCACACUGAUAAGAGAUCCGUGGCAAUGCGUGCCUGAUAACAAUAGGAUGCUGUUCAAGUUUCUUAUGCACGCGAUAGUACAUCGGUAAUACCGACUACUUUUAGAUUCAUAACAACUUGCAUAACUGUUAUUUUUAUGUAUGUAUUAAACAAAUACACAUUUUAAAAAUAUAAUCG